UUUUUGGAGUUUUUUGUAUGCCUUUUUUUUUUCUUUUUGUUUUCCAGGUUAUAGAUCUAAUGCUCUUUUGUAUACCAAUUUUGGUUUUGUUUUUCUUGGAAAAUUGUUUUUAUCUGAUUGUGGAUUCGUGGGUUUUAAUUUCUAUCGUUUGUUGCAGGUUGCAAAGCAGGAAGUUCUCACCUGUAGCUUCAGUUUAAGAUUGAUGGAGCAUAUGCCAAUUCGUCUUUUGUUACCAUACAACCCAAUAAGCAAACUACAAGUUAGGAUAUGCAGAAUUUGGGUGACAAAAAAUAUUGGAGCUGAUCGUCAACCUGCAAGUUUGGACUGUGUCUUUGUUGACAAAGAGGGACAUGCAAUUCAAGCAACCAUGAAACCCUGGGACAUCCAAUUCUUUUUGGAGCAUCUAAAAGUUGGGAUCGUGUAUGAAGUAGAUAAAUUUCGUGUUAUCCGCAACAGAACGUCAAGCAAAAUUGUCCCUCACGAUGCUAUGCUUGAGUUAAACAAAAACACUAGCAUAGUCCCUGUUGAGAAACCAAAUCAAGUGAUACCAAUGCAUUGGUUUAAUUUGAUUGAAUUUGAUAACCUUGACCAAAGAGUUGAUAAAGAUGUACACCUAACAGAUGUUUUUGGUUGUCUAAUGGCUUUACAACCAAUUGAAAACAUCACUGUGCAAAAUAUUAGAGUUGAAAAAAAGCGAGACCUGCAACUUCAAAAUACUAGAGGUGAACAAGUUACAGUUACCCUGUGGGCAGAAACUGCAACAAACUUUCAAGAAGAUGCAUUAAAAUCACUUUCACCUCCUGUCUUCAUUGUUUUGACUUCACUCAAAGUGAAGAAAUAUAAAGGAAAACCUGUUCUGGGAACCACAGGCUCAACGGUUUGUAUUUUCAAUCCUGAUAUCCCACUACUUUCAGAAUAUGAACAAAAGUUUGAAUACCUCAAAACACCCAUUGAAACUCUACCAACUUCUGCUGAAAAAUAUGGGAAAAGUACUACUAUCGUUGAUUCAGAACAAAAGACAAUUGCAGAAUUGCUUCUUCUUGAUCCGACAUUAAACAAGAAUACAAGUUUCAUGUGUCAAGCAACAAUUGUCGAUUACGAUCUGACAAAUGGAUGGUGGUACAAGUCGUGCCCGUAUUGCCACAAAAGUGUGAGAAAUACAAAUGAAACCUUUCAAUGCUUUGAGCAUGGGGUGCUAAAAAAAAUGCCUGAACCAUGGUUUAAGAUGAAUUUUAUUGUGGAUGAUGCCACAAAUCAACUCAACUUUUUAGUGAUUGGAAGGACUGCUGAAAAACUUUUGGGUAUUUCUUGCCACUCUUUGGUCAUAGAAGAAGGCUAUGAUGACUCUUCUGUCUUGCCACCACAGCUCCAAAAAUUGGUUCACAGCACAAAAAAAUUCCUGCUCCGUUUUGGAAAUCAAAACAAUGAGUUUGGCAACACCGACUUUGUUGUUCAUGGAAUAAUUGAGGAACAAACAUCAGUUGAACCAAAACUUAGUUCAAUUGUACCACGUACACCUGCUAAGAACAUUGGAAAACAAGUUAUUGAUGCAACAACCCCUCUCCCUUUUACUACCCUUGAAUCUCAGACUCAACAAAUCCAAUCAGCUGCAAUAAACAAGGGUGUAAAAAGAGCACUAUUUGUUGAAAAUGAACCUUCAAAAGCUCACAGCAAACAUGAUGAGGGGAGACAACAACUGUCUACUAAUUCAACCAGAAUCUCAGCAGAAUUCUCUAACUUGGUUGUCCCAAAAGUUGAACCUGCAGACAAAAGUCCGAUCAGUGCUUUAAGAAGUAGAUCACAGGCAAAGAAAAUCAAAGACAGUGUUGGAGAUGUUCAUUCGCCAAAGAAAUGAACUAUGGAAGACAUCGUGAUGGACUACUGCAAAGGAUCAAACAUAUAUAUUUUUUGCUCAUCCCACUAACAUGGACAUAUACUUUUUGCGAAUUCGACUACUAAAGUCAACUAAUGUACAUACCAUAAAAACAUGUUUAUUAUGUUUUGCAACUGUUGGAAUGAUACAAACCCCUGCAGAACAUGUAUUUUGUCAUGUUGUAUGAACAAACAAAAUAUGUGUAAACUGCAUGGUACUUCAGUCUCUAAUGCAAAGACACUAUAUUUCGUCCUUGCAACUAUUGUCAACGUAAACUUUCAUUCAAGUAAUUUUGAUUGCAUGCUGACUCUCAAUAUUGACUUAAUACAUAAGCAAUGUAAAUGAAAUUACUUUUUCUAUA